UUUUCGCAACUAAUAUUCUACAGCAAAAUGGUGUUGACAACGGUCCUCGCGAUGAUGCGUUAUGUGUCGGAGACGGACGAUCGGGAUUUUGUUGAUCGGUUACAUAGCUAUUUCACUACGAAUUUGCUGAUUGGUCUCUCAAUUCUUAUCAGUUUUAAACAAUUUGGAGGGAAGCCAAUUGAGUGUCUCGUUCCAGAUAUUUUUUCUGGUGCUUGGGAACAGUAUGCAGAGAAUUAUUGUUGGGCGCAGGAUACAUAUUUUGUAGCACCUUCUACUUUUGUAGAGAAUAUUUCUAAAGUCGAUAGGGGACAGAGGAGAAUUAGCUAUUACCAAUGGGUUCCAUUUUUUCUUCUGUUGGAGGCUGCCUGUUUUCGUCUUCCCUAUCUUCUUUGGUCUUACAUGUCAGGGCAUUCAGGCAUAAAAAUUAGUGAAAUAAUUAAAAUGUCUUCUGAUCCAAACAACAUAAAACCAGAAAUUCGGAAAGCUAAUAUACGUGCCAUGACUCUUCAUUUACAAGGAGCUCUUCGUUUUCAUAAACAUUUAAAGAAACACCAAAUUCGCCCACAUCGUAUUGUUCGCCUUUUUAAUUUGCCAUAUUCUGCUUCUUAUGUUACUGUUAUUUAUUUGCUAACAAAAUUUUGUUAUCUUUUUAAUGUUUCUUCUCAACUUUUAAUUAUGAAUAGUUUUUUGGAGACAAGUAAAUACUCUUUUUAUGGAUUUGGGGCACUACUUGAUUUGUUAAAUGGUACAACUUGGGAACAGAGUGGAGUUUUCCCUCGUGUCAGAGUGAUGGGUAAUUUACAAGAUUACACAAUUCAGUGUGUUCUAGUUAUAAAUAUUUUUAAUGAAAAGAUUUUUGUCCUCCUUUGGUUUUGGUAUUUAUGCCUUCUUACUUUAACUUUUGGUUCUUUCCUUUUUUGGUUAAGUGUUGUUAUUUUCCCUUGGCCAAAUCGUCGAUUUAUUGCAAUGCAUCUGGAAAUGUGUGAAAUGACUUUUGAUCCUUAUGGCAAGGAUUUUAUUUUAUUUGGCCUUAAAAAGGACGUCGAACGUUUUAUUAAUGAUUAUUUACGUCUUGAUGGCCUCUUUGUAAUUCGAUUACUUACACUUCAUACUGGUGUUAUUUUUGGCACAGAAUUAGUUCAAUCUCUCUGGAUAAAUUAUUUCGGUUAUGAGGGAACUGCUUUAAAACGUUGUUCCUCCUUUCCUGAUGUUAACGAAUUUUCACCAAAUAGCAAAAACAAAAAAUUUUAUGAUAUUGGUACAAAUAAUUCACGGAAUCGACGGCAUUUUGAUCAACACCAUUCUUCUAUAACUGCCAACAAAAGUCCAAAAAUUUCUGUAGUUAGUGCUUCUGAACAAUUACUUCAUCCUCCACCAUUUUCUCCAACUGCCAAACGAGCAUUAAAUGCUAUUGAAUUUUCUAGAACAGUUAGUCCAAGUUCUGAAGCUUCUUCGAGAACAGCAAGUCCACCUGAUGAUAUUGGGAAAAAACAAUCAAGUUCAAAUAACAAUCCAAACAUUCAACAGAGAAAGAGAUCGUUAACACAAACUGAUCGACAUGGAAGGAAAAUUGAAGAUUCACAACCCAAUACAACAAACAAAAUUAAAAUUGAAGAAAGGAACCAAAAAGAAUCAGUUAAACAUGAUACAUCUCCAAGUAGUAAUAGCAGUAAAUAUAUUACUGCCAGAGAAAGUUCAUCCUCAGCAUCUUAUUAA